AUGUUCAAGGAUGCUACCGAGACUGCUGAGGGGGAUCCGGAAUGGACCUCAGAUAACAAGGACACCGAACCUCCCAUGGGGAAAUCAGCUACCACGUAUGCUAUGUAUCGGUGGUAUUUAUGACGUCCUGAACGCUGUUUAAUUCCCAGUAGAGAAAGAAAGGAUUUUCGCCCAUCAACAAAAGGAGCUUUUUCCUCUCUGCUAUCUCGUAUUAUCUUCCAUGCUUCCCUUGGGUUAAAUUUCACGGCCCCGGUUGAAUCAUUCAUGAACGAUAAUUCCUGGGAAGGGAGGGUUGUACGGCUCCCGCACCACGGUGUUCAACCUCCCAUCUUCUUUUUAUCUCAUUUCUGACAAAAGGGAACCCCUCUCUUAUACCACCUAUUGAAAAAUGUGACCUCUUCGAGUCAUACUUCCUUAACCCAAGGAAUGAAAUAAAUGGACGCCAUCACGGGAGGACUUCUAGCAUUACAAGUAGAGAUGUUAACCAUGAAAUAUUUUUAUUAUAAGUUAUUUUCAAUAUAUGAAUAACUACCUUUUUCUAUGUAGUUUAAAUCGUGUAGAAAUCAUUAACUCUUUCGUAUACCUGAACGUUGAAAAAGCUAGAUACUCCCUUUGGGUGGAGUCUCUAUUUAUACCCGGUGUUAUUGUUCAUCUAAAUAUUUUUUAAACAGCGUAAAUUACUUUUUCUUUCUUUUUUUUUUAAGUUUACCAGCGUCAACUCAACAAUUGAACCUGGAUCCAGACAUCCUCUGGAUAGAGAAUGGAAUUGUCAAAAACUACGAGUUCAAGAAACACCCGCAAAAAGAUGAGUGGGUCCAGCAACCGAGUUUUGAAAAUUCCCUAAUUGCAAAAACCAAAGAAUUAACUGCAUUUACAUUACUUGCUGGAAAGGCUCAGGAAUUUUUUACUCAAACAAAAAACAACGAUUGGGAUCGCUCCAAAAAGACUAGGAGCUGCAUCAACCUCCUCUACAUAACAGCUGCUAGAUAUCUCUUGGUAACCUAUAUUCUGUACGAACAGAGCGGCACACGUUUGACUGCUUGUCAAGAAGUCAGAGAUGAUUACGGCAAACUGAUAAGCCUUGUGAUCCCUGAUUCUGGAGUAUGUUUUCCUAAGCCUUACGGAAGCGCCACUUGUAAAUCAGACUACGACGUUGGGUUAAUUGGAAAAGAUGCUGGUUUUCUGACGAAGAAGUUUAACGACUUUUUUGAAAUUACUUUUGGAAAACCGUCAGAGCUUGUUUUUGAUACAAAUGUUUACGCGUUCACACUGGAGUUUGCGAUGCCCUCCAUAUUUCAAAAGCUCCCACCUGGGUUUGCUAACUCUGUAGCACAAAAGGAGCAAACAGUGAAUUUCAAAAUGCAGGAAUUGGCCAGUGCUUACUACAAGGUCUUCAAGUAUAACAAAGGCUUCUUCGACGCCUUGAAGAGUGGAGCUAUUAAUGAAAUGGGUCAAAAAUUCAAAGACUCGCUGAACUCUUGGCUGGCGGCAUUCCAGAAUUUGGAUAAUCAAAGCCCAAUGAGACACUUUGAAGGCAUAUCCCUCAAAGACUUUAGAAAAACUCAUAACGAUCAGUACCAAUUGCGCGUGGAAACAAUGUCAAACAAUGGCGGAUACAACGCAGAAAAUUUAGGUAAUUUUUAAAAGUCUACAGUCGAACCUCCAAUAACGGCCACCUCUCUACAACGGCCCCUUCUCCUGUCCUCAAGGUUGCAGUUGUGGAGAGGUUUCCACUGUCAUUGCAUUCUUUUACCAAUGUGCUCGUCAGGAUACGUGGGGGAGGGGACGGUAGAGAUUUUCCUCCCCGGUCUCGCUUCAGAGAUGAUUGGUGGUCCGAGUAGCAAAAAUCUGUUUUCAUAAGCAGGUUAUUUCCUUUUUUAAAAACUCGCGGACAAGAUAAACUGAUUAUAAUAAACAUAAACAUAAACAUAACUUUAUUUAAGUGUCAAUGUCUUUAGCUUAUAAAAGUUAAUUUAUGAUUCUCUAAAAUUUAAAAUUUAUAAAAAGUUAAAAAGUAAAAUAUUACAGAAUUAUCCCCAUUAAAAUAUACAGAAAAUGCUAAAAAUAUUUCUAAAAAUUUCCAAGAACUACAUUGUACAAAUAAGGCAGGAGCCACAGUUGUCACUUAUAAGAUCCACAAGGUUAAUACGCCAUACGCUGGACUUAAAGGAUUGUAGCUAGGGUAGGUUUGUCCUCGAUUUUGCUGUCUUAUCUAGACAAAAUAUGUGGUCCAAAGUACCUUAUAGAAUGUUUCCCGUAAUUAACGUACACUAUUAAAUCUGGGUAAAUGAAAAUCCAUAUUUCUUACGUGCUAUUUGGAUGACUUAACACCAAACCAUAUUUAACUUUAUACUUAAGGUAGCAAGAUCUUGUAAACGCCUAUUUUGUAGGCCAGGUAGAUCGGCGCAGUUAAGACGAUGAGAGUUCUCUACUAAAUGUGUGUUACACACAAUCCUAAGGGCCCGCUCCUGCGGGCCACUAUUCACCUCCCCUUCGGGGGAUAAUUGAAUAUUAUUCAUGAAGUUUUGUAUCAUAGGUUUUCUCGCUGAGGCCUUACUCUACGCAGCAGAGGCAUAUCACACCCGCGGCGCCAUACGACAUGUAGUGGGAGGAAUGCAGCUAAAAGUAAUGGGUAGACUUGUACAAUACAACAAUCCACUCUCAACUCACGACUUGUGGGUGUCAAUGAUUGAAAACUGGGGAGAAUCCAACAAAGAAUACAACCACUGCAAUCAAGACCCUGUUCCCACUCUGAACAAAUGCUUCCUCAAGAUGAGUAAAUACCUUUCAAGGAUGUUCAACGCGAUGAGACUGCUCCGUACCCGUGUACCACCCAACGACAGAUUUACACUGUUAGAUUUUGGCGAUCCUAAGGACCCUGAAUACGCUUCGCUCAUGUGGCUGCGAUACAAAAAGGAAGGAAAGACGGAGAUUCCUGAAGACACAAACAACAGGAUCCGACUCUUCUUGGAAAAGUUUGAAUGUCAAGCAGCAGCUAAAACACAAAAUUUGGGAUCCAUAAAACUCUCCCCGGAGUGUUUAGGCAAUAUACAAAAGAAUGUAAAUCUUUACAAUGUGAAGUUGGCAGGUGCACUUACGCAAGGCUGA